ACCCUGCAGCCGCCUCACAAGCCUCCCUCUACACGCACAGCCGCCAUGUCGACCGACGAUCUGAGCACACACCUCGCCGACUCGGGCAUCACGAUGCGGUCCGACAGCGAGCAGUACUCCCCGGGCGACGAGGUCUCAUCCCCGUCGUCGUCCAACUCGCCCGUCAUUCUCUACAAGCCCCCGACUGCGUGGACAUUGAUACGGAGCGCCGCUAUCAACCUGCUGCUGCCAUUUAUCAACGGCAUGAUGCUGGGAUUCGGAGAGCUGUUUGCCCAUGAGGCGGCGUUCAGGCUGGGUUGGGGAGGCACAAAGGUCUUUCCCGUUUCUCGAAGACGAGCGCACCCCAUUGGCCCCGGCAUCGAGGUUCGCGAACGACCAGAGCGACCCGGGCCGUCACUAAGCGACUUUGCAAGCUUAGAGUAAGGGGAGGUGUUGAAUCAUCCUGGUCGGAGGGACCUUGUAUAUGAAAUCCCAAGUCAUGUCUAGAUACUAGUUCGCACAUGCAGGCGCUUCACAUUGAAAGACUCUGGCCCUUGUACUGCCACUUCUAGAGCAUCUGAGUGGGCAGUGGGCAGCUGGGUAGAAGCGGGUUGCUACCGCAGAUUGUACCAUGAGGAGCUGCACGGUGCAGCAGCCAU